UUUUUCUUUUUUUUUUAAAAAAAAAAAAAAUUUCCAUGUCACUAUUAAAAUGUAUACUGGAAAAUUUCACAGGUUUAUAACAAUAUUACUACUAUUAAUUAUAUAUAGUAGUACAUAUUGUACAGCAAAAUUAAUACUAUUUAAUGUAAAUAGGGAAGAAUUAGGAUCGUUCGAUACUGUAAAUUUAAACUCUUCUAAUUUUAAUUCUUAUUCAUUAAAUGGAAUAUUAAAAAUUGGUGAAUUUUCGGAAGAUCCAACAACAUUGCCAUGUACUCUAAACAAACCUCAUACACAAGAAACUAUUACAGUUUUAUUGAUAAGAUUUGAUGAAGCCAUGACGAAUCGUGGAUGUUCUUCUUAUUCUGACAUAAUUCAAAGUAACGAAUGGUUACAACAUAUUUAUACGGUACAAACAACAAUUCCCGUUUCUGAAACUAAAAAUGAAACUAGGAAAUCUUUACUAAAUUCACCACCGAUAAUAAUAUUUACAUCAAUGAAUGAAGAUCCUGGUAUAAGAGAAAAUUAUGGGAAUAUUGAUAUAUUAUCAAAAUCUGAAUCAAGAUUAGCUUUGAUAAGAGUAUCAGAUGCAAUACAAAUUUCGGAUUUAGAACCACAAAUUUCUUUUGUAAAAUAUAUACCUGAAUCAGGUCCUUGGAUAAGAUUAUUUCAGAGUAAAGAAUGGAAAAUAUGGUUAAUUUUCUUUGAAAUGUUCUAUUCAUCAGUUGCAAUCUUGACUUUUUCAUCUUUUAUAUUUGCCAUUAAGAAUUACAAAUAUAAUUAUACAAAUCCAAGAUUAUGGUUAUUUAUAGCAAUUUUAUCUUAUACAUUUAUUUUCCUUGUUAUGUUGGGAUAUGAUCCGUGGCCGAUACAUUUGUCGGAGUUUUAUUAUGAGAUUAUCUUCAUGGCGGGUUAUUACAUACUAUGUUUAUGUUACGCAAUAUAUUUAUUUCCGUGGAUAAAAGCAACAAGAAAUUUAACAGAAGUAGUAAAAUAUAAUAUAACAUUUGUUCAUAAAUUGAGUCGAAUAUUUCAAGGUGGAACAGUGUUAGCUAUAUUAAUAAAAACAGCAUCUAUUAUAUUUUAUUUACUUCAAUUUUCACCAAAGGAAAUUAAAAUAUCUAUAAUGAUAUUAAAUGUGAUAUUUAUCACAUUGGAAGUAUUAUUUUGUAUGAUCGUAAUUACUACAUUUGGAACUUUUGGUAUUAUAAUUGUCUUUGCAAGAAUUCAUGAACAGAAAACAAGAAGAAGAAGUAGAGAACGUCGACCUGCUGGUUCAAGAAAAUCCGUUCGUAAAGAAAUUUUCCUUUCGGGAAUAUUAACAAUAUUAGUAAUAAUAUCAUUAUUAUUUUUAACAUUUCAAAAAGUUUCAAGAUUAUUUUUACCAAUAUCAAUAAAAUCAUUUUGGAUAAUGAGAACAAUGAAUGAUGUAUCAAAUAUAUUUAGUAGUUUAGUAUUAAUAACUGGAUUAUAUUCAAAUACGAUUGGAAAAUAUUCUCACAUGAUUUAUACUGGUAGUAGUGAUGAAAAUAUUACUACUUCCACUGUUUCAGAUAAUUCUAUAAACAAUGUUAACGCUAUUAUUAGUAAUGAUAUAAUUAAUUAUGAUACAAAUAAUAAUGAUAAUAUUAAUGUUAUCACUACUACUGCUACAACAUCUGGUCGAAAUAAAAGAUCCACUAUAGAGGUUUUAUUUGGUAGGAAUAGUUUGGGAUUGUAAAUAAUUCAAAAAUUAUUCUCUUUUUUUUUUUUUUUUUUCCUA